GUUGAAGAGAGGGAUUAUUCUUUUGUGGGUUUUGAUUGGCAUUCUUCGAUGGCAGAGCAUAGUAGUGGUGAAGGCACAGAGGUGGGAAGUGCCUCAGAUACAAGCCCUUGUGUAAAGGGUUGUGGCUACUAUGGAACCUCUGCAACCUUAAAUAUGUGUUCCAAGUGUUAUAGGGAACACGUACGUCAAGAGCAACAACGUCAAGUUGAUUCCGUUUGUCAACAACAACAGCUUCAACAGGAGUCCUUGGAUAAGGAAAGCACAGUAGAGAAUGCAAAACAUGCUUCAAGCAAUCAAGAAGAACAAGUUGGUUCCCAACAGGUUACCAGUAGUACAGAGUUUCCCCUUAACACUCUUAUGGAGCCUACUGAUGUUUCUCAAGAUUUGCUACAACAAAGUAGCAAGUCCUCACACUCUCCCUCGGAAGGUACAGAAAAGAAGAGUAACCGUUGUCAAUACUGUCAAAAGAAAGUUGGCUUGACAGGUUUUACUUGUCGUUGCGGAAAGCUCUUUUGUGGUGACCACCGAUAUUCCGAUAAACACGAUUGCUCUUUUGACUAUAAGGCUGAGAACAAGGAAAUGCUAAGUAGGGCUAACCCCCAGGUUAUCUCUGCUAAACUCAACAAGAUAUAACUAUUUGGAAACUAACGUAAACCAACUUGAGAAUAGUUAGCUGGAAUCUGAAGGCCUUGAGAAUUCUAUAUUUGUAAAAAUAUCCUUGAUAGUACGAAACAUUGAUGAUAAUCGUGUUCUUUUAAGACUUGAUUAGUUGAUAGUCAUUAUGAUUUGUCUCUAGAUAAAUUUCUAUUACUUCUUCAUCUAUUAUUAUGA